AUGGCCUCCCGGUUGCUGCAGCUGCUGCUGGCGAUCGCGCUCGCCUCCGCUAGCGCAGGACUGAAACAAGAAAAGCGGAACGUCCUCGACAAGGAAAUUGGAAUAGCUACAACAGGCUCAGAGUCAACAGCGUCCGCUGAAGGCGUGUCAAGUCUGGAAGCAGGAGCAGACCACUUAGGAAGAAGCAUAUUAUAUGGACGCAUUAAACCAGGUGGAGCUGCAGUAUCUGAAUCGGCAGCACAGUCUUCAGCAGCGUCAUUAGGCGGUGGUUCCGGUACAAUUAGCGGAUCUUCAUCAGAGUCAAGUUCAAGUGCUAUUGGAGGAGGAUUCAAUGGUGUCGGUAUAGCUGGAUCCUCUUCAGAAUCUUCAUCUGGCUCUUUUGGCACUGGCCUAGGAUACAAUGGUGCAUUUAGUGGGUCGCAAUCCCAGUCUGGUGCAAUAGCAGGCGGACUAGAAGGAUUUGGCGCAUCUGGAUCUAAGUCACAAUCAUCAAGUGGAUCUUUUGGGGGCGGCUUAGGAGGAAUUGGCGCCGCUAUCAGUGGAUCACAGUCUGAAUCAAGUGCUACUGGUGGAAGCUUUCUAGGAAGACAUGAAAUCAGUGGUGCAGGGUCACAGUCUGGAGCAAGUUCGAUUGGAGGUGGAACAGGUGGAAUUGGUGCAGCUGGAUCACAGUCACAAUCCGAAGCAUCAAGUGGAUCCAUUGCAGGUGGAUUUGGAGGCCAUGGUGCAGCUAUCAGUGGAUCACAAUCUGAGUCAAGUGCAAUUGGUGCAGGCUAUCUCGAAGGGCAUGGAAUCAGUGGUUCAUCAUCUCAAUCAGGUGCUAGUUCCUUUGGAGGUGGAGCUGGUGGAUUUGGUGCAUCUGGAUCUCAAUCACAGUCAGCUGCUGGAUCUCUUGGUGGAGGGUACAGAGGUCAUGGUGGAGUUGGUGGAAUUUCUGCAUCUGGAUCACAAUCACAAGCAGCAGGUGGAUCACUUGGAGGUGGCUAUGAAGGUCACGGUGCAGCUAUCAGUGGCUCACAGUCUGAAUCAACUGCUAUUGGAGGUGGCUAUCUUGGAGGGCAUGGAGUUAGUGGAGCAGGAUCACAGUCUGGUGCAACCUCUGUUGGAGGCGGAAUAGGUGGAAUUGGUGCAGCUGGAUCACAGUCACAAUCAUCUGGUGGAGCUAUUGGAGCUGGACAUGGAGGUCAUGGUGGAGUUGGUGGAAUUGGUGCAGCCAGAUCACAGUCAUCUGGUGGAGCUAUUGGAGGUGGAUACGGAGGUCAUGGUGGAAUAGGAGGAAUUGGUGCAGCUGGAUCACAGUCACAGUCAUCUGGUGGAGCUAUUGAGGGUGGAUAUGGAGGUCAUGGUGGAGUAGGAGGUGGGUACGGAGGUCAUGGUGGAGUAAGUGGAAUUGGUGCAGCUGGAUCACAGUCGCAGUCAUCUGGUGGAGCUGUUGGAGGUGGACAUGGAGGUCAUAGUGCAGUAGGUGGAAUUGGUGCAGCUGGAUCACAAUCACAGUCAUCUGGUGGAGCUAUUGGAGGUGGAUAUGGAGUUCAUGGUGGAGUAGGUGGAAUUGGUGCAGCUGGAUCACAGUCAUCUGGUGGAGCUAUAGGAGGUGGGUACGGAGGUCAUGGUGGAGUAGGCGGAAUUGGAGCAGCUGGAUCACAGUCACAUUCAUCUGGUGGAGCUGUUGGAGGUGGAUACGGAGGUCAUGAUGGAGUAAGUGGAAUUGGUGCAGCUGGAUCACAGUCGCAGUCAUCUGGUGGAGCUGUUGGGGGUGGACAUGGAGGUCAUGGUGGAGUAGGUGGAAUUGGUGCAGCUGGAUCACAGUCACAGUCAUCUGGUGGAGCUACUGGAGGUGGGUACGAAGGUCAUGGUGGAGUAGGUGGAAUUGGCGCAGCUGGAUCACAAUCACAGUCAUCUGGGGCAGCUAUUGGAGGUGGGUAUGGAGGUCAUGAUGGAGUAGGUGGAAUUGGUGGAGCUGGAUCACAGUCAUCUGGUGGAGCUAUUGGAGGUGGGUAUGGAGGUCAUGGUGGCUUAGGUGGAAUUGGUGUAGCUGGAUCACAGUCACAGUCAAGUGCUGGAUCUAUUGGAGGUGGAUUUGGUGUAGGUGGUGCAAUCAGUGGUUCACAGUCUCAAUCUGGUGCUAUUGGAGGUGGGUACGGUGUUGAUGGAGGAAUCACUGGAUCACAGUCACAAUCCAGCUCAGGAGCAUUUGGUGGUGGUUAUGAUGGAUUUGGUGGUUCAUUUACUGGGUCUGGAUCCCAGUCAUCAGCUGGCUCGCUAGGUGGUGGAUUUGGUGGUGGUUCAUUUACUGGCUCUCAGUCUCAGUCAUCAGCUGGUUCACUAGGAGGGGGACUGGGUGGUGGCUCUUUUACUGGGUCUGGAUCACAAUCGUCAGCUGGUUCACUAGGAGGUGGACUGGGUGGUGGCUCAUUUACAGGGUCAGGAUCUCAGUCAUCAGCUGGCUCAUUAGGUGGUGGAUUUGGAGGUGGUUCAUUUACUGGAUCUGAAUCUCAAUCCUCAGCUGGCUCACUAGGUGGAGGAUUUGGUGGUGGUUCAUUUGCUGGGUCUGGAUCACAAUCAUCAGCUGGUUCACUAGGAGGUGGCCUUGGUGGUGGCUCAUUUACUGGGUCUGGAUCACAAUCGUCAGCUGGUUCACUAGGAGGUGGACUGGGUGGUGGCUCAUUUACAGGGUCUGGGUCUCAGUCAUCAGCUGGCUCAUUUGGUGGUGGAUUUGGCGGUGGUACAUUUACUGGGUCUGGAUCACAAUCAUCAGCUGGUUCACUAGGAGGUGGCCUUGGUGGUGGCUCAUUUACUGGGUCUGGAUCUCAAUCCUCAGCUGGCUCACUAGGAGGUGGACUUGGUGGUGGCUCAUUCACUGGAUCUGGAUCUCAGUCAUCAGCUGGCUCACUAGGUGGCGGAUUUGGUGGUGGGUCAUUUACUGGAUCUCAGUCUCAAUCAUCAGCUGGUUCACUAGGAGGUGGACUUGGUGGUGGAUCAUUUACUGGAUCUGGAUCUCAGUCAUCAGCUGGCUCACUAGAUGGCGGAUUUGGUGGUGGGUCGUUUACUGGUUCUCAAUCCCAAUCAUCAGCUGGAUCACUGGGUGGUGGGCUUGGUGGUGGCUCAUUUACUGGGUCUUCUUCUCAGUCAUCAGCUGGGAGCUUUGGAGGUGGGUUAGGAGGAAACAGAGGAUUUCCUUUAGGUUUUUCAGGAUCAGAAUCCCAAUCUUCGAGUGUAGCAGGAGGAGCAGGUCAUUUUGGAGGUCUUUUGCCAGGUGGUAUAGGAGGUGGAGCUGGUGGUCUGUUUGGUUUGUUUGGAUAA